AACCCCAAGUUCAUCCUUCUAAACCAGGUGAUGGCAUUGUUACUUAAAGCUCCUUGCAGCGCCAUUUCUCAGCUGGAGAAGACACAGAUUUUCAAGAAACAGUGUUGUAGUCUUGGUAAUGUUAAUAAUAAUAAUGUUGUCUUCUCAAGACCAAGAUGUUUGGUUCCUGCAGUUUUGUCAAUGUCUUCAACUACUAAGCCAAUUCAAGAGUUGGAAACGCCCAGUUCAAAAAACUUCAAUAUUCCUAUCAUGGUUAAUGGCUGUAGUGGAAAAAUGGGUAAGGCUGUUAUAAAGGCAGCAGAUUCUACAGGACUUCAGUUGGUUCCUGCAUCAUUUGGCUCGGAAGAGGAAUCUGGGCAAACAAUAGAAGUAUGUGGGAAAGAGAUUCUGGUGCAUGGUCCUUCUGACAGGGAAAGUGUCCUUGCUUCUGUCUUUGAUAAAUAUCCAAACAUGAUCGUGGUGGACUACACUGUGCCCAGUGCAGUGAAUGAUAACGCCGAGCUUUAUUCAAAAGUUGGAGUGCCCUUUGUUAUGGGAACCACAGGUGGAGAUAGGGAUAAGUUGUAUAAGACUGUAGAAAACUCAAAGGUCUAUGCUGUGAUCUCCCCGCAAAUGGGAAAGCAGGUUGUCGCAUUCCUUGCAGCUAUGGAAAUAAUGGCCAAGCAAUUUCCUGGAGCCUUUUCUGGGUAUUCACUUCAGGUAUUGGAGUCCCAUCAAACAAGCAAAGUUGACACAUCUGGAACUGCCAAAGCUGUUAUUUCAUGCUUUCAGAAUCUGGGGGUCUCUUUUGAUAUGGAUCAGAUACAAAUGAUCCGGGAUCCCAAGCAACAAAUUGAGAUGGUGGGAGUUCCAGAGGAGCAUUUGGCUGGUCAUGCUUUCCAUAUGUAUCACCUCACCUCACCUGACCAAACAGUUUCUUUUGAGUUUCAGCAUAAUGUUUGUGGUAGAUCAAUAUAUGCCGAGGGUACUAUUGAUGCUGUGAUUUUCCUUUCUAAAAAGGUUCAGUCGCAGGCCAACAAGCGGAUUUACAAUAUGAUAGAUGUCUUGCGGGAGGGAAACAUGCGGUAAAAUUUUGUUUUUGGUGCCUAGCGUUGUUUGUAUUGGUAUAGAAUACAGCUCAAGAUGCCUAGUAAUAUUAUGGACAUAUUGAAGGGGGUUUUGAAUAAAUGUUUUGCCCUUAAAAGUAUAUUUAUUUAUUUUAGCAUACAAAGUGGUAUGAUAUCGUUUUAGUGAGCUGUGUGAUUCUUGAUGUGUAGUACUAAAACAAUAUGAUAUAAAUUGGGAUAUAAAUUUGGAAUGUAUAACACUAGACAAUAAACAAACAAACAAC